AUGACUGUACUUUCUGCGGUGGUUCUAUGCCUGUUGGCAGCACAGGCUUGCCAACCACGCCGCGUGCACGUGCAAGACCUACGGUCUAUUGAGUCGCGUAAGCUGUCUGAGAAAGGGAAUAAUUUACUUGCGCUUGAGGAGGACGUUGCUGAUAUAUACUCGACUUUACCGGUAGUUUUGCAACGGUGCCUGGCUGAUCCGGCAUGCACCGACGCUUUGGCUGCAGCCGUUGUGGAUGAACGGGACCCGCAACAAAAUAAUGGACGACCAAGUACCCAUACUGAUAAGAUCCUGGCCUUUACAUCCUUGGCUCAAGAGCAGAAGCAAGAACAGCGACGGCAGCAGCAUGGCUACAGCAUGAGUUUCGCUUCAUUUACCAGCGACAACCCUGCGCACGGCGGCGACGGCCUGGGAACCGUACAAACCGAAGGCGACGGUAGAAGUGGUAGCGGGAACGAGGACAUACCGCACAGCAGUGGCGGUGCUGGGGACGGCAUCAACAGCAACGGCAUGGCCUUGGGGCAUGGAGGCAAUGGCGGCAACGACGAAGAUGACAGUGCAGAUGAGCAGGCCAGUAUAUCCCUCAAGGGGCUAGUUGCUCUGGUGCUGUUCCUCGAGGCGGUGGCGGGCAUGUACCUGCCGCUGCUGCUCCAGCGGUUGCAAUCACCGCAAUGGUGGUUGUCGCUACUCAACUGCUUCAGCGGAGGCAUAUUCCUCUCGGCAGGUAUCAUUCAUCUGCUGCCGCACUGCGCUGAGGCACAAGAGGCGCUAGGGCCCAUCGGGCCUGGCGGCGACUACCCCCUGUACCUGGUGCUGGUGGUUGUGGGCUACUGUGUGGUGUUCUACGUGGAGCGGGUGUUGUUUGAUGUGCACGGGGAGGGGCAUGCGCACUGCCAGCAUUCCAAUGUGUACAGCCAUAGCAGUUAUUACAAGGCCAUAUCGCAUCAUCGUUCACAGCGCAUACCCAGGACGCGCUCAGGAUCAGCUGGUACUGAGCCGGCGCCGUUGCUGCUGCCUGCGCCGGGAGCUGCAGGCGCCGGCCCAGGCCACCCGGGGCGAGCUGCAGAGGCGCCGGGGUGCACCCACUCGAGCAAAAUGGAUCGUGAGGGGCAGGCUGCAAUGCGGGCAGCAGCAGAGGAGCCGCUUGUUGCCCGGGAGGAAAGUUGCGCCCUAUACUGCCACGACCAUGGUCACCAGCACUCUAAUCAGCAUGUCAGUCACAGCCAAGGCCACCAGCACUUAGGGUCUCGGCUGUCGCUGCAGGUGGAUGAGGGAGAGGAAGGCGCGGCCUUCGCCCUGCCGGUCGGUGCUGACUCGGCGGGUGCGCGCAUGGCCGGGAAGGGUGUCGGCGAGGACGAUGACGCGGAGUCCUGCCACAGUGACCAUCCACCACGGGCAGUUUGCGUGUGCGUGGAGGAGCAAGAAGCGGAGGCGGAGGAGCGAGGGCAGUACCAUCAUAACCAUAGCCAUAACCAUAGCCAUAACAGCCAUACCCAUAAGCACGAGCAGAAGCACCAACAGCACCAGCAUGUGCAUAAGGCCCGAGGCGACCGCCAACAAAUCCACGACCUGGCUAAUCAAGCCCAUGGUCAGGGCCGGCGGGGCUCGGCAGGUGGCGGUUGCACUGGCAGCAGCGGCGGUGGUGAGUUUGGAGGCGACCAGCUUCGUGUGCCGCUGCUUCUGGCUGAACAAGGGGCGCCAAAGCUCCCGACGCCGGUGCUGGACAACGCCAGCGGCAAUUUCGCGAUUGCCCCCAACGCCGACGGCGGCGGGGACAGUGUCGACCUUCGCGCGUUGGCCUGGCAGCACCUACAAGCUCGGCAUUGUGUUGGACAGAGCCCGCAGCUUCCGUUCCAUCCACCCGAGCCUUGCGCCUACCACACGCACCACCACCUGCACCCGCACCACCGGCACCGCCGGCGCUCCGCCGGCACCGGACCUCCGGUCGGCAGCUACGGCAGCGGCGGCGGAGCCGGCGCCAUGGACAGCGGCGCGUCCAGCUGCACCUCUCCAUCACAUCACCACCAUCACCAUACCGCCCCAACCGGCCACCACACCCAUCACGAUCAUCAUCAUGUCAUCAAGCCGCGCUUCCGCUUCAUGCACGGCGUGGUGCUGCUGGUGGCGCUGGCUCUGCACACUGCCCUGGAGUGCAUCGCUUUAGGGCUUAUCGACUCACGAGCUCAGUUCCUGCUGCUCUUCGCCGCCAUCGCAUCCCACAAGGCCGUGUCGGCGCUAGCCCUCAGCAGCCGCUUCCUCCGCGAAGGCGCGACGCUGUUGCAGGUGACGGCGUACGUAGGGCCCUUCUGUUUGGUGGCGCCGGUGUCCGUCCUUGUGGGGCUGUAUAUCGGCCGUGUCGCACCCAUCGCGCGACUGGUGUUCAGCUGUUUUGCCACGGGUACCUUUUUCUACGUGGGAGCAUCCGAGGUGAUCAUGGAGGAGUUCGAGGGGGAGAUGCGUGCUGACCGGCGCGACAUUUCCACACGCGCAGCCCGGUACAUCAAGUUCUUCGCGGUGCUGGCGGCGGUGGCGCUGGUAGCUGCCAGCGGACUGCUGCCCGAGCCCGAUCACCAUUGA